UCAUACAAAAAGAAAAAAAAAAAAAAACCACACCUCGGUUCUCUCUAACACACUUUUCUCUUUUUCUCAGGCAUAUAAUCCCUUACUCUUCAAACUCUCCCCAAAACCUAGAAAACAAGAACUUUCUUCUACUACUAUUUUACUUCUCAUUUUUAAUUAAUUAGGGUUUUUCCUUUCCCUUUCUUUCUUUUUUCCCCUUUAUUUUACUGUAAUGCUUCAACAUCCCCAAUUUCCUCCAUGUACGGACAGUCCCAGCCCAUGAACAUCCCCGCCCAUAUCGCCAGCUCCGUCGAUAACGAUGUUUCAGCCUCCGGAUCCGCCGAUAACCUCCACAGCGUUAGUUACGAUGCUCAUACCCUUGACGACGGCGUCGGAGUAGAGGACGUUGUCACCGAUCCCAUCUACGUCACUACCGCCCCUGCUUCCGCCUCUGACUUGGCCAUCGUUCAACGUGCCGACGGCGCCAGCCAACUCACUCUCUCGUUUCGUGGCCAGGUCUAUGUAUUCGAUGCUAUUACUCCUGAUAAGUUUCAUGCGGUGUUAUUACUGUUGGGUGGAUGUGAACUGACUUCAGGUCCCCAUGGUAUUGAAAUGUCAUCUCAGAACCGAAGGGGUGUUGUGGACUUUCCGAGAGGAUCUAAUCAACCAAAUAGGGCAGCCUCGUUAGAUAGGUUUCGUCAGAAGAGAAAAGAGCGAUGCUUUGAUAAGAAAGUCAAAUAUAGUGUUCGCCAAGAAGUUGCUCUUAGGAUGCAGCGUAAUAAGGGUCAAUUUACAUCUUCCAAGAAGUCCAAUGAAGAUUUCAGUUGGGGUACUUCUCAGGAUGAUAAUAACCUACUGGAUACUUUAUGUACGCACUGUGGCACUAGCUCAAAGUCCACCCCAAUGAUGCGACGUGGUCCAUCUGGUCCAAGGUCACUAUGCAAUGCUUGUGGACUUUUUUGGGCAAACAAGGGUACUUUGAGGGAUAUUCCCAAGAAAACUCAGGAUCAUUCCCUAACUCCAGUUGAACAGGGAGAAAGUGAAGCAAAUGACUCGGAUUCUGGAACUGCUAUCCCUACACAAAGCAAUGUAGUUUCUUUCUCGAAUGGUGAUGGCUCGGCUAUAAUAACCGAGCACUAAUCAGUGUGUGCCAAUAUGGCCAUUGUAUCAGCUAGGUCUUCAUUAGCAAUUUCUUUCAAACUUAUCCUACAUGUACAGAUAUCAUAGUUGCCUUCAUCAGUAUACGAGGUUUUCUCCUCCUAUUCCUUGAGUUAGUACUUUUGCCUGAGAUUACCUCUUUCUUAAGAGAAACCUACUCCAACCUCCGGAUGUAUCACCUUAAGCUUCAACAAUCUACCUAUAGUAAUUUUACAGGCCAUAUGCUCCAAUAUCUUGUCCCAUCCCAAGAAAUGCUGCGGAUGGACUAUCUGAGGCUCUUUUAUAUUUCAAUCAAAUGCGUAUUAUUAGCUAAUGUAAA